CGUCGUUCACAAACGCGCCAGUAAACAACAAGACAAGUACGACUGUUUUGCGCGUCUGGCUUUUGUGCCAGCUUGUGCUGUCACUUUUGAGGUGUCUGGCUAAAUAUUUUUAUUUGACCUCAAGAAUUAAGGACUACUAUUUUUUCAUGUCGUAAAAACGAGACUAGAAAUGCCGGUAAAUAUUCACGAGUUAACAGAAGGCUGGCUGGAGUUGGAAAGUGACCCAGGUCUUUUCACACUUUUGUUGGAAGAUUUUGGUGUCAAAGGAGUUCAAGUCGAGGAAAUCUAUGACGUGCAGCGGCCGAUUGAAGGCCCCGUCUACGGUUUCAUUUUCCUCUUCAGGUGGAUCGAGGAGCGCCGCUCCAGGCGAAAAAUUGUCGAAGAGGCGGAGACCUUCGUUCGGGAUGAUGAUUCCGUCAACAACAUAUUUUUUGCACAACAGAUGGUUCCGAACAGUUGCGCCACACAUGCCCUGCUUUCGGUGCUUAUGAAUUACAAUAACCUGAAUCUAGGCUCAACCAUAAGCAGGUUGAAAGAGCACACAUCUGGAAUGAGUCCUGAAAAUAAAGGCUAUGCAAUUGGAAACGUCCCAGAGCUAGCAAGAGCCCACAAUUCUCAUGCAAUUCCAGAGGCCAGGAGAAUGAACGACAAGUCUUCGAGUGUCAGCACAGGACGUUUUACAGGGGAGGCAUUCCACUUUGUCAGCUACGUUCCUAUAGAUGGAAAGCUGUUUGAGUUGGAUGGGUUGAAACCGUUUCCAAUUGAUCACGGGCCCUGGGGAGAAAAUGAGGAUUGGACAGAAAAGUUCAGACGAGUUAUUACCGAGCGGCUCGGCAUUGCCAAUGGGGAGCAGUGCAAAGACAUAAGAUUUAAUUUGAUGGCUGUUGUUCCUGAUAAAAGAAUAGCGCUGAAUAACAAACUAGAGCUGCUAAAGACAAAUAGGCAAAUAGUCUUGGAUGCUUUGAAAACGCUUGUCAGUGAAGCAAAACAAAAUGCUGACAAAAGUAAAAAAGGUGACAAGCCUGGAAGAUCAAGCAGAGACGUUGAGAGGUUUGACGGAGGAGAGGCACAGAAGCCUGUCGAUUUCAGCACUCCCUUAACAGUUCAAACCUCACCUGCCUCCAGCACAGACACACUAUCAGACAUUGGCUCUGCGGGCUCAAUGAACUCUCCCGUUCCUAACUGGACUAUCCAAUCUGGCCAGGGGAGUCCAAAUUCUUUAAAAAAGCUUGUAGUUGUCAAAGUUAGCAGUGGGCUAAAUUUGCCUGGAAAAAGGGUUCUGAGCGAAGCAUCUGAAAGUUGCUCAGAAGCAAAAACCCUCAAGUUUGAGGAGUCGGAGGCCGGUCCGUCUGACAGCAAUGACAGUGAGGCAGGAGGAAAAGACAAUUCAAUGACCAAAGUCGAUCCAAAAUUGGUGGCCAAAUACCCUACACUUUUUGGGCCACACACUUUUGCUCCAAAAGAUUUGCUGGCUCUUCUAAAAAAUCUUGACAAUGGAAUCCAGCAGUGUGAGCAGAACAUAAAGGAAGAAACUGAAAAGAGGAGGAAAUAUAAGGUUGAUGAUUCGAGACGGACGCACAAUUAUGAUGAAUUUAUCUGCACAUUCCUGACCAUGCUCGCUCACGACGGCAAACUAGCUGAUUUGAUUCAGGAAAACUUAUCUCAGCCCAAAAAGCUGGGAGCAGCUUCUACUGGGAGGAGCAAAGGUGCACCAAAAAAAUCCACUCAGUCGACUCAACAGUCAACAAGUCCAGGCACUGGAAAGCAGAGAGGGAGGAAGAAAAAGAAGAAAUAAGGAUUUAUGAAAUUAAGAUUGUUGAUUUGGUUACAAUAAAUUAUAUACACGGCACUU